AAUGAGCUGUGACGCAUAGCUAUCUACCUACCUAUAAAUGGAUCGAUUUUUAACGUCUUUUUGACACUCCGAUUCAAUGGACUCACGAACGAGCGCUGGGUCAGGUGACAUUUCGUACGCCUGUAGUUAAUGAGUUCCUGGGGGUUGUCGGAGAGGUGCAUUUUUAGAGUAAUACGUUAAUGUGUUGCCAGGGAAUUGACGUGUUCUUUUUUGGAUAUGAUCACUGUUAUUCACAUUCAUGAUUUUGACUUUAUGACUGUGUAACACACGUUGUAAGGACCAGUAGCUAUGGCUCCAUUCAAGGACCUUUCCAGUGGAGGGAAUUCCACGUGUUGUGUAAUCAACAUUCCGAGGAAACACCUUCGUGACGUCACAUGGUUCCCGCAGUUAGAUUUUCAACAAUGGAGUUGUGUUUUGCUGUUUGUGUACACGGACAAUUUGAAUGUCAAUGUCGUUGUUACUCAUAAGGAAAACUCCGCGCUAUUAUCGCUUUCAGGUAAGGAUCGUUUAAAUGGAACUGUUGCAAUUGUUCAGCGAUCGCUGGAGGUCACAGUUCCCUGGAACUCCGCCUCCUGACUUGCUUGCGGAACUAAAACUCGAAUGGACUGUCAAAAGUCGCUCGUCGGCCGAUAUAUUGGAUACAAUUAAACGCGCGCUUGUGGACAGCGAGCGGAAAAUUAGCAGUCUGCGAGAUCAUUUGGAAAAGGAGUUGUUUAUUAAAGAUUUGUUGGAUAAUUACGCAAAUGGACUAAGUAAACGUUACAACAGUGACGCAAAUUCCACCGAAAACAACGACGAGAGAUUGCAGUCUCGGCCCGUGAGUGUUACGAUUAUUGCCGAAAACAAUUUUAGUGGUGGAAUCGAAAAAGACACUGAUUUUGAACAGUUUACGGCAGAACUUCCAGACGUAUGUGCAAGCGAAAGCAAUAACGUUUUUGCGAAACACAGGAAUUCCUUGAAGCAUGUGGAAAGGAAAACUAACGAAUAUUGUACCCCGCACUAUGAAAAAGUUUGGGUAAACGGAUCGCAAUCAGGAGGCGACAACUCUUCCAAUACUAAACACCUGACAAAGGUAAAUUGUUUCAAAGCAGAUAAAUCGAUUUUUCAAGUGGCUUCAGAUUCGAACAAAGAAAACAGUGGCGAGACUGAUGCUAGCAAGGGAUACGGACAAGUCCUUGUUAUUCCAUCAUCAGCUUCAGAACCAAAUUUAUUACAAUUUUCAUCAAACGGUUGUAUGAAAAUUAUGGAUGGUGACAGUGAAAAAGACUGCAUACGCACCACACACAUGCCAAUCCGUCAGGGACCUGUCGUUCCCAAAAAGCCACCAAAGCCAGUACCAAACCCGAGAAGGAAGUUGGCACCUGCAUCCAGCCUAGACCUACCUGCUAAAAAGAGUGACUCUGGAAUAUGUGUGAAAUCACAAUCUCUUACCAAAAACAAUCCAACAUCGCAGGUGACAAAUGAUGUGUCCUUUGAAGCUACUGAAGCGGGCCAAGGCAAUAUAUUGGAUACGGCAACAUGUGCAAAUAUAAAGAGUGGGUGUGGCCUCAGCAGUUCAACGCAGGAUAGUAAACAUAGGGAUGAUUCUUUACAAUGUGGCUCUCUUAUCAGUGAAGGACCUAUUCUCCCUAGCGUCUUGGGCAAGCUUGUUAAAGGAGUGAACAAUUUAGCUGUGAUAGACCUCAUCUGUAACUCUAAAGACAGCAAAUCGGCUACAUCAGCGCCACCAGCUGAACCAGAUUUAAACAUGAAGAAGUUUCAUCGCCAUAAAAGCGAUAAAAGGCAAAGCAAUCCGUGCGAUGAAGUGCAAGGAACGUACAGGAAAAUUAGUGGUGAAUUUAAUUCUUGUGAGGUGGUGCCGGAUAAUUUCUUGGAAAAGGAUAAAAUAUACAGAAAAUCCAACGGUGCAGAUACUCCUACUAUAACAAAUAUCGAAUCGGUUUCAUUACCGAAUGAAGACUGUGUUGAUGGUUACGAUUUUUUUGUAGAUUUAUCAAAACACUGUAUUGAACAACAGAAUGCAAGUGUCGAUAACCAACAGAACAAUACACGUUCAUCUUUGCUGGAUAAUGUUUCAUUUUUUAAAGAAUUGGAAAGUGAGAGUGAUCAAGGUGCUAAAAAUGGUAACUUAUGUGAUGACAGUGACCAGCAUGAAGUUAUGGUGAGAAAACACAGUGAACACAUAGGUGAAGACAAAUUUCUUGACGAAGAUUGCGUGGAUGGCGAAUUCGAAUCUUUGAAUGCUUCCAACGAGGAACCAUUCACAAAGAAACACUCGCGACUGCCUAGUUACGAGAACUGGACGAUCGAUCGGUGUGUUACGCUUCCACGUUUCGACGAUUCGAACGAAAGUGAGGCCGGUGACGACAUUUACGACAAUGUAAGCUUGCAUUAUUCUCCUCCGUCAACGUUACAGAAGUAUAAUUCGUACAAAGGAAGCAAAGACUCUGGUUUGUGCGAUGAUCUUUCGACAUCUGAAUCGCACUCGGGUGUGGAAGGUGUACAGGUGGUGACCGUUAACAGGCCCCGCCAUGAGAACGAUAUACACCAUCCCCCACCAAUGAUGAUUGUAGAUAACCUUAAUGACAGCACCGACUCGGAUGGAAGUGACAGCAAUAAAAUCAGUGACAGUGGCUCUCUGGCCUCCGAUAUUGUGUUCAUCCCAGCAAGCGAACUCCAACACCUGCCUUCCGAAUCGCAUCACAAUGUGUCGGCAGAGUCCCAGGGGGACCAGGACUCCCUGGAGAGGAUCCGCAGGGUUUCCCCACCUCUACAGGGUGGUUUCAGGGGGUCUCCCCACCUCAGCAGUGGGGACGACGAGAAUGUGAGCAGCGAAUCAUGUGAUGAGGUGGAUGGCGUGGCGGCCGAGUCUCCGCAAGGGAAGAUGUUGAAGCUGCGACAGGUUCUGGUUGCCGGAGUCCUCGACAGCGAGGAGUCGUACCUGGAGGAUCUGGAACUUCUCCUAACUUAUAAGCGGUCACUGCUAGCGUCCAGUCGGAGCUCCCAGCCCGUGAUUCGCCUGGAAGACAUCGAGGUGAUCUUCAGCAACAUCGACCAGCUGUACCAGGUGCACGUUGAGUUUGUCACCGGACUAAAGCCAAUAGUCAACAAUGCAGCAACGGAGCAGAAAAUUGGAGAAAUUUUCAAACUGCUUAUUUUAAAUCUGCCUGUUUAUGGGGAAUACAUGGAGAAUUAUCAAAGGGCUGUGUCUAAAAUUCACCGGUGUUGCGAGGAGAGCCCUAGAUUUCAGGAAAUAGCUCAGGCAAUAAAACUACCUUCAAACAGCAAAGAAAUUACAAAUCUUGAACAUGCUCUUUUCAAGCCAGUUCAAAGACUGCAAAGAAACACACUUGUUCUACAUGAUUUGAUCAAAUACACGCCAGAUGACCACCCCGACCAUGAGGUCCUUAAGAAAACUCUUAGUCUGUCUCAACACAACCUGGAGACGUUCGGGACCGGCAUAAUGUCCAGUGGGGCACUGCCAGAAGACAAGCGCUACCUAGUCAAAAGCAGCUUCCUCGUUGAGUUGGUUAAUGGUUCCCGCAAACUGCGCUACAUGUUCCUCUUCAACGACAUUCUUGUCUGCACCAAGAAAGAAACACACAGACGCAGUAAUUCGUUCAUUUGCAAAUGGUUUACACCUCUUUGUCAAAUAACCAGAGAUACAACAUUUGAUUAUGAAGAUGACCAGAAGUAUUCAUGGAGAGAGGAGAUUGAAGAUAUGAAAAGGAAGAUUGGAAAUUUAAAGUCAGACCUUCGUGCAGAGUUGAAAAAAGAAGGCAGCGUAAAAGAGAAACAUUGGUCUAUAGGUGGUAUGGCUGCUGCAAGGAAUGUGGAAAAAUUGAAGAAGAAAAUUCAAGAAUCGGAAGCAUCAUUGAUCCUGGCAUCACCAAAACUUCCCGUGAAACUGUCACACGAGAAGGGAAAGUUCCACACCCUGCUCAUGACGACGGACUAUGAGAGGGAGGAGUGGAUGGAAGCCAUGACGCUCCUCUGUAAAAAAUGUGUGAACACAGAACCUCCAGCUCUGAGUGCCUAUGAUGUUCAGGAGCUUGUCAACAGUGUCAAAGAGCAACCUCAGGUCAAUAAACUGGGAUCAGUGUUAAUGCAAAAUGAUGAGGAUAUAUUUAAUGGAACGUUGAAUGUUACACUCCACAAAUUGAAUGGCUUAGACCGAACAUGUGAUACAUACUGCUGUCUGGAGAUGGACUCGUACGAUCACUUCUUCAUGAAGGCGCGCUCUCAUAUCUGUGAGGCUUCGUCAGACCCGUCCUGGAAUGAAGAUUUCGAGCUGGAGCUCGACGGGUCCCAGACGUUGCGGAUUUUAGUGUACGAGAGGCGAGCGGACGAGUCUGACGAACUGCUGGGGAGAGGGGCCAUGGAGCUCAACAAGUCGUGGUUAAACCAGACGUUCCAGGAGAAGACGGUGGUGAUGAACGAAGUGGCACUGGUGAUCUCGGUGCGACACACGCCGGCCAACAAGACGAUGCGGCGGCUGCCGUCCCACCAGAAGACGGCCGUGUUUGGCGUGAAGAUCUCCUCGUGUACGAGGAGAGAGGGCAAAACCGUGCCCACCAUCGUCACCACCUGUAUACAGGAGGUUGAGAAACGAGGUCUGGAUGAAGUUGGUAUUUACAGAGUGUCAGGAGUCACGUCAGAAGUGCAGAAACUUAAGAAAAUGUUUGAUAAAAAUGUCCGAGCAGCGUGUAACAUUGUGGGUGAAUCGGACAUCCAUGCUGUCACUGGGGUCCUGAAACUCUACUUCAGGGAGCUGCCAGAACCACUGUUUACUGAAGCCAACUACACAAACUUCAUUAACGCUCUCACAGAACUGGCCGACAAAGACACACGAGAGAGACUGAUGAUUUCUCUCUUACAUGACCUCCCAGCAGCCAACUAUUACACAAUAGUCACGUUACUGGAACAUCUAGUCAGAGUUACAAAAUAUGAACGAGAAAACAAGAUGACGACCCACAAUUUGUCGACAGUGUUUGGACCGACUCUUCUCGCCCCAGCAGUCAAGGACACGCAACUUAACCCAAUGGAAAUGAUGUCAAAAGGCGCAGAGGCAGUUCUCCAGGAGUCGGCAGUUAUCGGGUUCUUCCUCAACCUCGCAGCUUCAGGCAAGAGUUUGAGGAAAUCCGCACAGUGUUAGAUAAACUCGGUUUCAGGAAUGGAUGUGAUGGGUGGGAGUUUGUGUUAUCAUAAUCUGUGAUGUCAAAUUUGAGGAAAGCUGCAGUGUUGAUUCAUUCUUUUUAGCUGCUUUUUAAAAAUGCCAUUUUAACAAGAAAACUGCAGUGUUAAAUUAUUUUAUGCACUGCGGAUGUACACGUUUGAUAGUUACACACAUAGUAUUGUGCGACAGUUUUCCCCAAACUUUGGUAAAAGUAUAUUUUGUAAAUUGAAACUUAUGUGAAACAAAUAAAUUUUUCCAUUUUA